UCUCUGCAGCAAGUAAUGAGUUUAACCACACCGCUUCAGUGCAAAGGGGUCAAUCGCUCGGAUUAUCACUCUCGAAUUUGACAUCACAAUCCUCCGCACCUCUCUGUUUUUUAUAUUCUUUUUUGGAAACCUUUGAACCUUUUGUAACCUUGACCUAUCCUAACCUAUCUUUAUUCUUGUAGGUGAAAAUUGAUACAUUAAACUUUCACAGGUUCAGAGAGGACUGGCAGCUCAAAUAUGGACCGUAGUUUACUCCAGCUAAGACAAAGGGUGUAUAAGUGUUGUUGAGUUUGGGGGUGGAUGGUAGCUUUUGCAACAGGGAUUCACCUUUGUUACCUUUGAAAACAUAACCCAAUGCCACUGUGCAACAACAAGGUCGCUGACGAUGGAACUUCAGCACAGCCACUGCAAGAGGGAAAAGCAAUGGUGGACUCCCUUAUCAAGGUGGUGGCAUGUUAUCGGCACUUGGCCUCUUGUAUUGGUGGAUGCACGGACAACUCCAGCCUAAGACGUGAUCUUCGGCAAACACGAGAGCGAGCCCAGACACUAGCGCUGUCCUGCCGAAACCACCUGACAGCUCGACUGAGGGAUAAAACAUUACCGGAGGCUGAGAGGAAGGAAACAGAGCUGCUAUGGGUGGCAUUCUCCUCUUGUCUGGAGCUCUUACAUGCAGACAUGUGCAAGGUUUUCACCAUGGUCAAGCACUUUUCCUUGGCCAGUAACAGUGCCAUGGUGCAAACAGGCAUACAGGGGGGGACAACAGAGUUGGCAGCACGGGCUUUGAGCCUGCCUGACCUGCAGGAGGCAGGUGGCGGUACCCAGACAUCCAGCAUGGAGGGUCAGGAGCAGAGUCAGCUGGAGCAAGAGAUUGCACAGGUGGACCGUACACUGGAGGACAUGGAGCUGAAGGUCAAUGUGCUGCGCUGGACAGUGGAGGCACUGGGUCCUCAGUAUGCUGACCCCGUCAGCACUGACAGCGCUUCACUAGCGCUGCUGUCCAUCGACGAAGAGGCAGCUCAAGGCUUUUGCAGUCGCAGCCAGAUGUUUGCAGCAAUGAUGCUGUGUGGUGUGGCAAUCUUUGCCGUGGUGCUAUCAGUGUGUGUGGUGUUCCUGGUCUGAAGUCUUAUCACUUGUGUUGUGUAGGUUUUUCUUUUUCCAAGGUCUCUUCAGCUGUGUUCAGCCAAACAUCAACAGUCUGUGUACUUUGUAACAGUUCCUUACUUUUGAUCUCAACAGAGCCUGUGACUUUUUACAAAUCAAAAAAACUUUGCCAAUAAUUUUGAGUGUGUGAUCAUUUAUAGCAAAGUAAAGCAAGAUAAAUGAAUCUUCGCUCUAA